ACUAACUAUGGGUACCCUCCUGAUAGGCAGCACACAGGGCAGCCGGAAGAGGUCGCACGGGAAGCUCCAUUUCUGUCUCUGCACCUAACGUUUAGCGUUACAGGGCACAGGCGGGUUUUCUGACAGGCGCAGCACGGGCAGCCUAUACAGAGGGGGCUUCAUGUAUCGUGCCGCGCUGUGGGUUUGAAUGGAAGAAGCGGCAGCGACAUGGGACUCACACGGCAGGUGCUGCAGGGGCAAGUGGCUAUCAGCUUUGCCUGGACAGUGAUUCUCCUGCCGUUGAGCUGUUUGGGUUUUAUCACUCUCAGCAGGAUACAAAUCUUACAUCCAAUACAAUGGCUCACAGACUCUGUAAGUAACCUGAGCAGCAGUUCCACCUUUUUCUGUCUCCUGCUCCUAAGCCUGCUGCUGGGGAUGCAUUGUGUCUUCACUGUAGAAUUUUACACAGUGGUGCCUUCCAUACCGGGCUCCCGCUUGUCCCUUAUGGGCCAAAUUCUUCUCCCGCAACGUAUCCUGCACUCUCUGGCACAUGCAGUUAUGGGGAUGCUGAUGUCCUGGUGCUGUGCAGUGCUCUGUAAAGGGAAGUACCAGCUUCUGGUGGAUUUCUGCACUCCUACACCAAGUCUGAAUGAAGGUGGAAGUCCGUCAACGUGCCUGAAUGAGCAUCACCUCUUCAUCCUGCUUGCCGGGGCGUUCUUUGGCUACACAUACAGCCUGUUGUACUUUGUGCACAAUAUGAAUUACCUGUCGUUCCCCCCUGUUCAGCAAUUCAAGUACCUGCGGUUCAGAAGAUACCUGCCCCUUCUGCUGAAACACAGUUGUGUCCAGUCUCUCUAUCUUCUUCGGAGCUUCAUCGUUCUAUAUUACUUCCUCGGGCACAUCCCACGGACUUGGAUACAAACUGUGAUGAAUCUUCAGUUAGAUGGUCAGCAGCCUCCUCUUGACACCAUAAGGGGGCUCAUGAACUUGUCUUUGUUUUAUGAAACCUGGUUAACUGGCACCUUCCUUCUCACCACGUGGUACAUGGUCUGGAUACUCUUCCGAAUCUAUGCAACUGAGUCCCGGGUGUUUCCUGUGCAGUCGUCCUUUGCUGAGGAAGCAGACAAAUGUCUCCCCAACGUAUUGACCAGGGACAACCCUCCCCUGCUAAAGUACCUGGCAUUGCAGGAUCUCAUGCUGCUGUCACAGUAUUCCCCAUCGAGAAGGCAAGAAGUCUUCAGCCUUAGCCUGCCAGGUGGGCAUCCUCACAACUGGACAGCAAUCUCCAGGGAAUGCCUACAUUUACUGAACAGUUUGACUUCCAGACUGGUCACCCAUCAGGAAGCAGCUGCAAACAAUGGGCGUGUGAUGCUGCCGUCCGCAGCAGAGUCUAGGAAAUCUUCUAGCAGCACAGGUGGCUCAGUAUCUGAGGAGUCUGCUGUUCAAACACCAGUUUUGGGUGCAGGUCUUCGGGCGCCCAUCCCCUCCCUACUGAAGUCUGCUUCCCUAAAAAGUCCACUGGACACAGGAAGCCCCUUCGCUUCUCCAGUAGUCAGUCGUGUGUCAGAGGUCCUGGACCAAAACUCUCCUUGGCAUGGUGCCAUUCAGAGUCCUCAUAUCAUGAGGAGAGGUGCAAAGCUGUGGACAUGUAGCACUGAUGGUCCAACGUCUGCUUCUGGUGCAUCUGCGUUCUCCCCAGCACCUGCAAGAGUGGUGACAAAGAAAGACAAACCAAGCUUUAUUUACACGUGGUACCAGCACAAACAGGAGCAGAUCAAGAACUUCAUGUCGAAGAGAGUGUUGAUCAUGUACCUGUUUAGCAAGCAUCCUGAAGCCUCAAGCCAGGAGGUGUUUGCUGAUGCUCAGGUUCAUAUAUGGGCAUUGGAAGGGUUGUCUCACCUUGUUGCUGCUUCAUUCUAUGAAGACAGAAUGGGAGUUGUACAAACGUCUCUGUCUGCUAUCCUCGCCUCCUUCCUGAGCUUGCAAGAGGCUAUAGAGAAGCAUUUUAAGUUGCCACAUGCAUCAAGCAAAACGGCCCGGAGUUCUGUGAGCUUUGUGGACUCUUCUUACAAGACGCUGAGAUUUGCCCUUCGUGCUGCACUCAAAACUGCAAUCUACAGAAUAACCACAACAUUUGGGGAGCACUUACAUGCUGUUCCCAUGUCUGCAGAGCACCAGAAAAAGCUGCAACAAUUCCUUGACUUUAAAGAAUGAAACCAGAAGCUCGCUGUGCCCCGGCUCGCUGUGGGUGGCUACCAUACUGUACAGAUCCCUUUCUUCUUUGUAGGAAACUCGCUGCUGUGUUGUAGAUUGUUUCCUAGGUGAAUCAUGAGCACAAAACUUACUGCUAAAUAUGUUGGACUUUCUCUCGGGUCUCUGUCUAUUUAUUUGUCAUCUUGUAAUAAAAUAGUCAUUAUUUUUU